AAUCAGAAAGGAACUCAGUCAUCUCAGCAGGUUUCUGUGCAUCAUGUCGAUCUUGAAGAAGGUGUUGCUUCUUUUAUCUGUGGUACCGAUGGCACUGAGCUACCCUUUCUUCCCACCAACUUGCUACUCCAAGGCUCUCAACAUGGCACGGGAGCUCACCCAGAUGGCAGCUGACUUGAAGAUUGGCUAUGAAACCGGUCACUGUAUGGCACACAUGCCAGAACUCUACCUUGAUAUACAUAAUGCCUGUGUGAUGUACAAAAUGAGGGACUACAUCUCUCUGGUGGAAGACCUGAGACGGCGGCGCUGUGGUUACACCAGAGAAGUGAGGAAACUGGAAGUCACUCUGCGGCAACUCUUCAUUGUCAUGGGAGAGAAAUGCCAUGGGGACCUGGUGUUUACUGUCUAUGACUGUGCUGCGCUGGAGCGUCCAAACAAUCAAUACUGAAAUUCCACCGUUCUUGUCUGUCCAAAGAGAGCUUAAAGAAGUGGAAAAGUCAAAGUUUUUAUGUAUUUCAUUUUACAUUGUGUUACACAACACAUGAUUUCUUUUAAGGAAAUGUAAUAAAAUUUAUGUGAAUUGUUGAUUUCACAUAAAAAGUGCAACGUUUGUUACUGUUGCAAUAUAACAUAAAGCUAACAAAGUUUAUUUAAAUGUUCUUUUUGCAGUGCCUUUCAAAAGUAUCAGUUUUCUUUCACACUUUUUUUGCAUUUUGUCACUUGUAAUAUCUAAUCUUAAUGCAUGGUUUUCAAUAUGUUUUUUUUCACAAUGAAAAUCUAAAAAUUGCAUUUACAUCCAGCAUUUCUCUGAUCUUCUGUUCAAUGACUCAACAACUUCAGUUCCAACAUUUACACAUUGUGAUGCAACAAUUACCAUGUUGGACUGUGUCCAGGGUUGUUUGGAUCUCCCCACAUGAGACAAAGAAGAGCACAAUGGGAAAUAGCCUGUUUAACACAACUUCUGAAGGACCUACCUAAACAUUUCUCUCCAGGAGACUUUGAAUCAUUUGUAGGAGCAAAUCUGAUGAUGGCUCUGACAGGUGAUCUCUACUCUAGCAAGCUAAAACCAAAUUACGUGCCAAAGGUUUUUGUCCACAAAGCACCUAUACCCAGCUAACAAGAAUGUGUUGCAGCGUAAAUAACAUGACAACGUCCAUGUGACAACAUUUUAUCAAAAUUUAUAUAUAUUCGAUGGUCUUCAGGUGUUCUUUAACAGCACAGCUGUGGGUGGACCGGAUUUGCUAAUGAGAUGUCUUAGUAAUUCAGAUGAAAAAAAAAUGGUUGCACUUUCUUUUAUUUGGCAAUAUCAAAUAACAGGUAUGAGUAAAAUACUUGUCACACUUUUAGAUUCUUACAUCCUUUUCUGUUGAUCUAUUAAAUAAAACCUCCUGAAAAAUACAGCCA